AUGUCGGUCAGUAAAGUACAAGCGGUUAAUUUGAAAACGCCGGGAACGUUCAAAGCUGCGAUCUGGCACCAUUUCGGCUUCAGAAGCAAUGCAGAGAAUGAGCUUGACAAAAGCAAAGCAAUUUGCAAAGCCUGCCAAAUGGAGGUGAAGUAUUGUGGAAAUACUACUAAUCUCAGGAACCACAUGAUGCGCCAUCAUCAAGACAUCAUAUCCAAGCCCGCCACCGGACCGCAACAGAUGACACUGAAACAAACUCUGCAACUGCCAUUGCCAACUAAUUCUGCACGCUCUGUCAAAAUAACUGAGGCGAUUGCGGGCUUCAUUUGCAAAGAUAUGCGCCCGUAUUCUGUUGUUGAGAACGUGGGAUUCAGGCGGCUAAUGAAGGUAAUGGAACCAAAUUAUGUCAUUGUGUCUCGCAAACGUCUGUCUGAAGAAGUGAUCCCCAACAUGUACCAGACAGUAAAAGAUGGUGUAAUGUGUAAGCUUAAGACCGCAGAGAGGGUGGGCAUUACGAGUGACACCUGGACAUCCGUAGCUACGGAAUCUUACAUGAGUGUAACAGCACACUACAUAGACGAGCAGUGGAACCUCGUGUCUUACGUGCUGCAGACAACCGAAGUUCAAACGGACCAUCGCUCUGUCAGUCUAGCUGAAAUGUUAACCAAAGCUAUGGAGGAGUGGGGGCUGAUGAGUAAAGACCCAGCCAUAGUCACUGACAACGCGGCGAAUAUGGUCCGUGCGGUUGAGAUUAUGGGGUUAACCCACGUCGGCUGCUUCGCGCACAUAAUCAACCUGGCCUCGCAAGCCGGUCUCAAACUGCCGAAUGUUGCACGCCUUCUUGGGAGAUGCGCUAGAAAGCUUGAGCGCUUUUUAGAGCAGCAACCCGCGAUCUCUGCCGCUCUGCUCUCACCUGAUGUGCGGAGAAAUGAAAAGGAUCUUUGCAGCCUGAAGGAAGAGGACAUAACAGAUGCAGAAGAUGUGGUCCAAGCUCUAAAGCCAAUGAAGACAGCCACGCAAGUGAUGUCAGAAGAAAAGUGCCCAACUCUCUCAGUGAUAGCACCUCUGCAUGCUCUGCUGCUAAAAGAGAUAACCAGUCUUCCAGAAGACUCCAGAGUUGUUAAGGUCAUGAAGGAUGAGAUAAAAAAAAACUUAAGCUCAAGGUAUGUAAACCAGAAAGACAUGCUGUACGUAGCUUCAGCUAUUGAUCCACGUUUCAAAGCUCUGCCAUUUCUGAAUGAGGAGGAGCGAGACAGGAGCUUCUCCAAACUCCAGACUGAAGCAGUGUGUGGGAUGGAGGAAGAUGCAUAUAAUCAAGAUGAUGCUGCUGAUGAAGUUGAUGGAGUGAAUGAAGAGGUGGAACCCCAACCUCCGGCACCCAAGCAAUUCAAGCAAUCCAGUGCUUUGGAGUCUCUCCUUGGGGAAGCCUACAGACCACAACAGGAAGUAGGACCACAGAAAACUAAAGCGGCAGAGGCAGAAGAUGAGAUCAAAAGGUACAGGGCAAGGAGACCUGCGGGACUGCAGGACAAUCCUCUCAUCUGGUGGUGGGAGAAUGAAAAGGAGUAUCCUCUUUUGGCUUGCAUGGCAAAGCGAUAUCUCUGUGUCCCAGGAACCAGCGUCACAUCUGAGAGGGUUUUUUCAACUGCAGGUGAUAUCAUUACUGCCAAAAGAAGUUGCCUUACACCUGGGCAUGUCAAUGAGCUACUGUUUUUGUAA